UCCGCUCCUUCUCUUUUCCGGUCCUUUCCGCCGGCCGGGGCUCGACUGAGCUCCAGAUUUCCCCACCCGCGGCUGCCGCCGGGGGAACAGGAGCCGAGGCGCGUCACGGCACCAGCGGCGGGAGGCGAGGUUGGGGAGUCAAGGGCGGUCCGCGCGCGGGGGCGGGAGGGGGCUGGGGGAUUCGAGGGACGCGGCAGCUCCGCCCCCGCCCCCUCCUCUUCUCCGCUCCAAGCCCGAGAAGCUGUGGAGCAUGGACCAGACCCCGCAGCGCUGGCACCAUGACGCUCGCCCGCUUCGUGCUGGCCCUGGUGUUAGGGGCGCUCCCCGAAGUGGUCGGCUUUGAUUCUGUCCUCAAUGAUUCCCUCCACCACCGCCCCCGCCAUUCGCCCCCAACGGGUCCGCACUACCCCUAUUACCUUCCCACCCAGCAGCGGCCCCCGAGGACGCGUCCGCCGCCGCCUCUCCCGCGCUUCCCGCGCCCCCCGCGGGCGCUCCCUGCCCAGCGCCCGCACGCCCUCCAGGCGGGGCACACGCCCCGGCCGCACCCCUGGGGCUGCCCCGCCGGCGAGCCAUGGGUCAGCGUGACGGACUUCGGCGCCCCGUGUCUGCGGUGGGCGGAGGUGCCACCCUUCCUGGAGCGGUCGCCCCCGGCGAACUGGGCUCAGCUGCGAGGACAGCGCCACAACUUUUGUCGGAGCCCCGACGGCGCGGGCAGACCCUGGUGUUUCUACGGAGACGCCCGUGGCAAGGUGGACUGGGGCUACUGCGACUGCAGACACGGAUCAAUACGACUCCGUGGCGGCAAAAAUGAAUUUGAAGGCACAGUGGAAGUAUAUGCGAGUGGAGUUUGGGGCACUGUCUGUAGCAGCCACUGGGAUGAUUCUGAUGCAUCAGUCAUUUGUCACCAGCUGCAGCUGGGAGGAAAAGGAAUAGCAAAACAAACCCCAUUUUCUGGACUGGGCCUUAUUCCCAUUUAUUGGAGCAAUGUCCGUUGCCGAGGAGAUGAAGAAAAUAUACUGCUUUGUGAAAAAGACAUCUGGCAGGGUGGGGUGUGUCCUCAGAAGAUGGCAGCUGCUGUCACGUGUAGCUUUUCCCAUGGCCCAACGUUCCCCAUCAUUCGCCUUGUUGGAGGCAGCAGUGUGCAUGAAGGCCGGGUGGAGCUCUACCAUGCUGGCCAGUGGGGAACCGUCUGUGAUGACCAAUGGGAUGAUGCUGAUGCAGAAGUGAUCUGCAGGCAGCUGGGCCUCAGUGGCAUUGCCAAAGCAUGGCAUCAGGCGUAUUUUGGGGAAGGGUCUGGCCCAGUUAUGUUGGAUGAAGUACGCUGCACUGGGAAUGAGCUUUCAAUUGAGCAAUGUCCAAAGAGCUCCUGGGGAGAGCAUAACUGUGGCCAUAAAGAAGAUGCUGGAGUGUCCUGUACCCCUCUAACAGAUGGGGUCAUCAGACUUGCAGGUGGGAAAGGCAGCCAUGAGGGUCGCUUGGAGGUAUAUUACAGAGGCCAGUGGGGAACUGUCUGUGAUGAUGGCUGGACUGAGCUGAAUACAUACGUGGUUUGUCGACAGUUGGGUUUUAAAUAUGGUAAACAAGCAUCUGCCAACCAUUUUGAAGAAAGCACAGGGCCCAUAUGGUUGGAUGACGUCAGCUGCUCAGGAAAGGAAACCAGAUUUCUUCAGUGUUCCAGGCGACAGUGGGGAAGGCAUGACUGCAGCCACCGCGAAGACGUUAGCAUUGCCUGCUACCCUGGCGGCGAGGGACACAGGCUCUCUCUGGGUUUUCCUGUCAGACUGAUGGAUGGAGAAAAUAAGAAAGAAGGACGAGUGGAGGUUUUUAUCAAUGGCCAGUGGGGAACAAUCUGUGAUGAUGGAUGGACUGAUAAGGAUGCAGCUGUGAUCUGUCGUCAGCUUGGCUAUAAGGGUCCUGCCAGAGCAAGAACCAUGGCUUAUUUUGGAGAAGGAAAAGGACCCAUCCAUGUGGAUAAUGUGAAGUGCACAGGAAAUGAGAGGUCCUUGGCUGACUGUAUCAAGCAAGAUAUUGGAAGACACAACUGCCGGCACAGUGAAGAUGCAGGAGUUAUUUGUGAUUAUUUUGGCAAGAAGGCCUCAGGUAACAGUAAUAAAGAGUCCCUCUCAUCUGUUUGUGGCUUGAGAUUACUGCACCGUCGGCAGAAGCGGAUCAUUGGUGGGAAAAAUUCUUUAAGGGGUGGUUGGCCUUGGCAGGUUUCUCUCCGGCUGAAAUCAUCCCAUGGAGAUGGCAGGCUCCUCUGCGGGGCUACGCUCCUGAGUAGCUGCUGGGUUCUCACAGCAGCACACUGUUUCAAGAGGUAUGGCAACAGCACUAGGAACUAUGCUAUUAGGGUUGGAGAUUAUCAUACUCUGGUACCAGAGGAGUUUGAGGAAGAAAUUGGAGUUCAACAGAUUGUGAUUCAUCGGGAGUAUCGACCCGACAGCAGUGAUUACGACAUAGCCCUGGUUAGAUUACAAGGACCAGAAGAGCAAUGUGCCAGAUUCAGCAGCCACGUUUUGCCAGCCUGUUUACCACUCUGGAGAGAGAGGCCACAGAAAACAGCAUCCAACUGUUACAUAACAGGAUGGGGUGACACAGGACGAGCCUAUUCAAGAACACUACAACAAGCAGCCAUUCCCUUACUUCCUAAGAGGUUUUGUGAAGAACGUUAUAAGGGUCGGUUUACAGGGAGAAUGCUCUGUGCUGGAAACCUCCAUGAACACAAACGCGUGGACAGCUGCCAGGGAGACAGCGGAGGACCACUCAUGUGUGAACGGCCCGGAGAGAGCUGGGUGGUGUAUGGAGUGACCUCCUGGGGGCAUGGCUGUGGAGUCAAGGAUUCUCCUGGUGUUUAUACCAAAGUCUCAGCCUUUGUACCUUGGAUAAAAAGUGUCACCAAACUGUAAUUUUUCAUGGAAACUUCAAAGCAGCAUUUAAACAAACAAAUGGAAAACUUCGAACCCCCACUAUUAGCACUCAGCAGAAAUGACAACAAAUGGCGAGAUCCAUGUUUUUGCUUUGUGUUGUGGUAAAAAAUUGUGUAUCCCCUGCUGCUUUUGAGAAAUUUGAACAUUUUCAGAAACCUCAGUGUAGUGGAAGUAAUAAUCCUUAAAUGAACAUUGUCGUCUACCCUAAUUUCACUGGAGUGACUUAUUCUAAGCCUCAUCUAUCCCUAUUUCUGAAAAUCAUUCUAUGCUGAUUUCACAAAAGAUCAUUUUUACAUUGGAAUUGAGAGCCCCUUAUAAUUGAAUCAACGGUGUCUGAAUUCGUAUUAAGUACCCGCAUUUGACAUAAAUGCGGUACCCUUUACUACACUCAUAAGAGUGGCAUAUUUAUGCUUAGAUCUUUUCAAAAGACUUGACAAGAAAUCUUCAUUCUCUGUAGCCUUUGUCAAGUGAGGAAAUCAAUGGUUAAGGAAUUCCACUAUAAACUUUUAGGCCUGAAUAGGAGUAGUAAGCCUCAAGGACAUUUGCCUGUCACAAUAUAUUCUCAAAGCGAUCUGAUAUUUGGAAACAAGUAUCCUUGUUGAGUACCAAGUGCUACAGAAACCAUAAGAUAAAAAUACUUUCUACCUACAGUGUAUAAACUAGCAAAAUUUGAAAGGAUUUCUGGUAACUAAAUGCCAGUUGGACAUACAACCUCGUUUAUCCAACACAUUAACAUACCUACUAUAUUUGCUUUUAACAAGUACCUCAUCAUAGUCCACGUUCCCCGACCUUGAUGUAAGAGUGCCAUCUACUGACACUUCCUUGUAACUGACUUAUACCUGCAGGUUUUCCCAAGACCAACCUGAUACAAUCCAAUCUUAAAACAUACUAGUCAAAAUGCUUUCCUGGCCUACACAUUGAAAAGUUCUAAUACAUACAGCAGUUAUAUGCCAGGCACUGCAUUAGGCAGCUUUGCACAUCACUGACAAUUUGCAAAAGGCCAGUAGAUCUUAUAGUAGCAGCCCUUGUUUUCAAAUGGGGGAAAACAGGCUUGCCUCAAAGUGAGACCAGUUGGUGAAACACUGAUUCCAAACUCCAGAAAAAAUGCUGGAUUUUUUCCCCAUGGUUCUCCUACCUAAAUGAUUGGUUUCCCUCUGGCUAUUUCUCUAAGAGUUAAGGGAUAGCUGCUUAACUAUGCACCUUUACAGAACAUUCUUAGCAAUAAUGCUCAAAUUUAAAAGGCACACUCAAGAUACUUCAAUGUCAUGGAUCCUUCCCCAGGUCCCAGUAGUAUAAAUAUAGGUUAGCAUGAACUUUCGGAUUGUUUUAAGUAAUCCUCUUGAAUGCCAGUCAUUAAAGGACUUUGCCCUUCUACAUCAAAUUACAUCCUUUUCACAAAUCCCCAUUUCUGUAAUAACUGGUGCAAACCUAAAGGUGCUUUAUAGUUUUACUACUUUGCAGAUUUGCGACGCUGCAUGUAAUGCAGAAGAGCAUUAAAAACCUUUGUAAAAACUCAUGAUUUUGAUAAAACUUUUAAAGCAGCGUUUAUAUGUAAAUAGAGCUACAUAUGGCACACACACUUGCACAAGGGCUUCAGAAAAACGUGCAAUAUAGGUGAGAAAAAUGUCUAUUGAAACUUUCUCACAGGCUGCUCUUAUAAUUAAACUACAGUGCUGGAGCAAGCAACAUCUAUGUUUCAAGUAGAUCAGGGACUGGCAAACCUAAAAGGCAGCAAACAGCCUGCAGUUUGCUCAAUCCUUAAGAAUACAUGGUUCAUACAACAUGCUUUUACUAUAACCAACUGUUUUAAGUAUGACUUUUGAAAGAUAAAAGUGUUCUGUGCAUAUUUGUAUAAAUAAAUACAUAAUUUUUCACCUUGUA